AUGAGUGACACUCAUUUUAGGCCAAAAAGUCCUGUUGUUGGUAUUCAUUUUACUCACGAUUGUCGAAAAGAUAUUAAAUAUUUAUUCCGUGAUUUUGAUUUAAAAUCUCAACAUGUAUAUGAUAAACACGCUGCAGCUGAUAUCCUCUCAAAACGUUCAAAGUAUUCAUCAUUAUUGUGGGAAUGUUUUGAAAUUGAUAUUGUUAAUCUUAAAAAUAGUUAUUAA